AUGAAGCCCCUGCACCAUGUCGAUCUCGGCUACACCCAUUUCGACCACAAACUGCCCUACCUAAGAACCCCUGCACAAUGUAAAAUGAGUGCUGGAAUUAACCCUAAGGCUAAAUCCUAUUACCUUUUCGAUAGAUAUGCUCAUCUUUCCUCUGGUCUUGCUUGUGGCCUUGCUGGUCUUUCUGCUGGUAUGGCUAUCGGAAUCGUCGGUGAUGUUGGUGUUAGAGCCAAUGCACAACCAAAACUAUUUGUUGGGAUGAUCCUCAUCCUCAUUUUUGCUGCAACUCUUGCCCUAUAUGGUUUCAUUUUUGGUAUCAUUCUUUCUUCUCGUGCUGGUCAAUCCACAGCAGAUUCGAAGAUGAUUCAAUGGUUAAUAUUUGUGAGAUUCCAAUUCUAUUGGAAUAGAAUCACGAAUUCCAAUUCUGUUGGAAUGCAAAACGGAAGCCCAAUUCUGUUGGAAUCACAUAAUUUGAUGUUUGAAGAACGGACCACAAAAUUGAAACGGACGACAUUAUUCUUUUAG